AUGGCGGACGUCCGGUCCAAGAACCUCUACGAGCUUCUGGGUAACGACCCAGAGCUCGACCCCAGCAGACCCGCUCCUCCCCCCACCAAGGCUAUCGACCGCCCCGUUGACCGAUCCGGAAAGCGUGAUGCCCCCAAGGAGCAACCUGCUCGUCACAAUGAGGCCAACGCUCGCCGUGGUGGCCGUGUGACCGCUGGCAACGAGGCCGCUUACCGUGACCGCAACGCUGGCCGUACCCACAACCGUGAGAAGCCCACUGACGAGGCUGCUCAGCCCGCCCGCCGUGGUGGCCGUAGCGGCCGCGGUGACCGCCAGUCCCGCACUGGCCAGACCGACACCCGCAAGCAGGUCCAGCAGGGCUGGGGUGCCGAUAGCGGCGAGAAGACCUUGGACGAUGAGCGCCAAGGCGAGAAGAUCGCCAAGAAGGAGGAGAACGAGCCCCAGACCCCCGUUGAGGCCGAGGAGCAGGAGGAGCCCGACAACUCCAAGUCCUUCGCCGACUACCUUGCCGAGAAGGCCCAGCGCGAGACCCUCGCUGCCAAGCCCGAGCGCACCGCCAACGAGGGCACUAAGCUCGACAAGAAGUGGGCUACCGCCAAGGAGCUCCCCAAGGAGGAGGAACCCUCCUACAUCCAGCCCUCCCAGGAGAAGGCCAAGCGCGAGAAGCAGCGCAAGGAGAAGAACUUCCUUGACGUUGACCUCCGCUACGUCGAGCCUCCCCGCAGCGGCCCCGCUCCCCGCGGCCGUGGCGAUCGUGCCCCCCGUGGUGACCGCCCUGCCCGUGGUGGUGAACGCAGCGAGCGUGGCCGUGGUGGCCCCCGUGGUGGCGACCGUGCCCCCCGCGGUGACCGCCCUGCCCGUGGCGGUGCUGCUCCCCGUGGCAACGCCCGUGGCCCUGCCGGCCCUACCGUCGACGAGAAGAACUUCCCCAGCCUCGGCGGCAACUAA